AUGGCAAACGAGUGGCUGCUGUGGCUGACCCUGUCUGCCAUUGUAGCUGCUUGGCACAGCGUCUUACUUUUCUCAACAGAGGCAAAGUCUGCUGUGAACACCUUCUCCUCCCAGAUUCCGGAAAAAUUAACAGGUGUGAGUCCCAUCCACAAUGGCCAGGUCUGCAGUACGUGGGGUAACUUCCACUUCAAGACCUUUGAUGGAGAUGUUUUCCAGUUGCACUCGACUUGCAACUACGUCUUGACCUCUUCAUGCAGGAACAGUUACAAGGACUUCAACAUCCAGAUAAGAAGACAGGAGGCUGGCAACCAUCACACCAUCAAAAACAUCAUUAUGAAGCUGGAAGGUUCAGUAGUGGAGCUCUCUGAGGGCUCAGUGGUUAUCAAUGGAAAACCAGCCACCCUACCAUUCAGUCAAGCAGGAGUGCUCAUUGAGAAAACUCCCACCUACAUCAAAAUCAAAGCAAAGCUGGGUUUAGUUGCUAUCUGGAAUGAGAAGGACGCUUUUAUGGUGGAACUAGACCUUAAGUACAAGAACCAAACCUGCGGUCUUUGUGGAGACUUCAAUGGGGUCCAGGUCUAUGAUGAGUUCUACAGCCAUGGUGUAAAAAUAUCCCUCAUGGAUUUUGCUAACUUCUGGAAAAUGGAUGGUCCAACUGAAAGCUGCUCUGACAACACGGUGAAAUCAACACAAAGCUGCAACAACAUGAAACCUCUGUGUGAGCAGAUCCUUACAGGGCCAGCCUUCAACAGCUGUCACAGUCUGCUGGAUGUUGCCUCCUUUACUUCUGCUUGUGUUGCAGACCUCUGCAACUGUGACAGUGGCAUUAAUGAACACGUUGACCCCUUCUGCCUGUGCAACACUGUGUCGGAGUUCUCCAGACAGUGUGGACAUGCGGGUGGCAAACCCCAAAACUGGAGAACCAAAGAGCUCUGCUGGAAGUCAUGUCCCAACAAAAUGGAGUACAAUGAGUGUGGGAGACCCUGUGCUGAUACCUGCUCCAACCCAGAGGCCAGCCACACCUGUGAUCACCACUGUAUUGAUGGAUGCUUCUGCCCUGCAGGCACUGUGCUGGAUGAUUUAAACGGAAAGGGUUGUGUCCGAUUAAACGAGUGCUCCUGCAGCUACAACAGCAAGAUCUAUGGACCGGGGGAGUCCUACUCCAGUAACUGCAAAAAAUGUGUGUGUGCGAGUGGCCAGUGGACGUGUACGGAGGAGAACUGUCCAGGAACCUGCUCUGUGGAGGGAGGAGCCCACAUCAACACCUUCGAUGAAAAAGUCUACACCUUCCAUGGGGACUGCUCCUAUGUGCUGGCUAAGGACUGCAGUGGAUCCAAGUUUGUGGUACAAGGAGAACUAGAGCAGUGUGGACUGACUGAGAGUGAGACCUGCCUCAAGUCUGUUACCUUGGGUUUGUCUGGAGGGCUUAAUGUGAUCAAAAUCCAGUCCAAUGGCAAGGUUUUUGUGAAUGGCAUCUACGCUCAGUUACCCUUCUCUGCUGCUGGGAUCUCCGCCUUCAGAGGGUCCUCUUACUACCUGCUGGUGCAAACGUCUGUUGGUGUUCUGUUGGAGGUGCAGAUCCAGCCAGUCAUGCAGCUCUACGUCAAAGUGACCAGUGACUACAAGGCCAAGACCUGUGGUGUGUGUGGGAACUUCAACGGUAACCAAGCUGAUGACUUUCUAAAGCUCAGUGGCGUUCCAGAUGCCACAGCAGCUGGUUUUGUCAACAGCUGGAAGACACAUGCUGGUUGCCCUGAUGUUAAGAGCAACUUUGAGAACCCCUGCAGUCUUAGUCUGGAUAAUGAGAAGUACGCCCAGCACUGGUGCUCCAUGCUGAGUGACCCUCAGGGAGUGUUUGCCUCCUGUCACUCAGAGAUCAGCCCUGACUCGUACAAAGAGAACUGCAUGUAUGACAGCUGUAACUGUGAGAAAAGUGAGGACUGUAUGUGUGCUGCAGUCUCCUCCUAUGUCCAUGCCUGUGCAGCUGCAGGAAUCCAGCUCACCGGCUGGAGGGCGACCAUCUGUGGGAAAUAUGCUAGCUCGUGCCCCAGCCGCAUGGUCUACUCCUACAACGUCACGUCCAGCAGUCGCACCUGCCGCUGCAUCAGCACCACAGACCCCAGCUGUCACUUCUCUUUCCCGCCAAUCGAUGGCUGUAUCUGUGCAGAGGGAACCUAUCUGGAUGACACUGGGAAGUGUGUCCCAUCUCAGGCUUGUCCUUGUUAUCACAAAGGCUCAGUGGUGCCUCCUGGACAGGUCGUCAACAAGGAUGGGGUCAUGUGCACCUGUAAGGAGGGCAAACUCAGCUGCUUUGGAGAGGUUAUUAUACAGCCAUCCUGUGCUCCUCCCAUGGUGGCCUUCAACUGCUCUGCUAAUGACCCAGUUGCAAAAGGAACUGAGUGUGAGAAGAGCUGCAACACAUUAGACAUGGCCUGUAUGGCCACAGGGUGUGUCUCCGGCUGUAUGUGUCCAUCUGGGAUGGUGUCUGAUGGUAAAGGAGGCUGCAUUAAGCCAGAGGCCUGUCCUUGUGUUCACAACGGUGUCUCCUACCAGCCUGGAGAGACCACCAAGGUGGACUGCAACACCUGCACUUGUAAAGACAGGAAGUGGCACUGCACUACCAACCAGUGUGAUGGAACCUGCUCUGUCUAUGGUGAUGGACACUACAUGACUUUUGAUCAGAAGCGCUUCACCUUUGAUGGCAACUGUGAAUACAUUCUCGCUCAGGACUACUGUGGCAGUGCUCAGAGUAAUGGAACCUUCAGAGUGGUCACUGAGAAUGUUCCCUGUGGAACCACAGGAACCACCUGCUCCAAGACCAUCAAGAUCUUCCUGGGGAGUGCAGAACUGAUUCUAGCAGAGGAAAGCUACCAGCUGCUUUCAAGUGGAAAUGAAGAAACAGUUCCAUUCAGUUACAGCACUAUGGGCAUCUACCUGGUAAUUGAAGCCAACAAUGGACUCAUUUUCAUGUGGGACAAGAAGACCACCUUGUUCAUCAAGCUCAGCCCAAAAUAUAAGGGUUCUGUGUGUGGGCUGUGUGGCAACUAUGAUGACAAUGCAAAUAAUGACUUCACCACAAGGUGCCAUGCUGUGGUGGUCAACCCACUGGUGUUUGGGAACAGCUGGAAGGAUUCACCAAGCUGCCCCGAUGCUCACAGCAUCACCAGCCCCUGCACAGCCAACCCAUACAGACAGGCGUGGGCCCAGAAACAGUGCAGCAUUAUCCAGAGUGACGUCUUCUCUCCCUGCCACUCCAUUGUAGGUUGUUGUUGAAGUGGAGACCAUG